AUGAGUUUUGCUGCCAAGGCGGCGAAGGCUGUGGCAGAGCGGGCGGCGCCGCUGGCGGGGACAGCUGCUGUCCUUGCGGCGCAGCCCGUAGCGCAGGCUCGCGAGGCGCACCAGGCGGGCCCGUCGUCAGCGCUGUCCCAAAUUGCCCGCAUCCAGGAUGAGUUUGAGCUGGUCGACUUUGAGGGCACCAAGCCGAUAUUCAGCAGGCCGAUCUUUGCGGACGACGAGAUCACCCUCGCUGCCCAGGCCUUCAGGACCCUGGUGAGCGUUGAGGACGAGCCCGACACAGACACCAGUGAGGGCGCCAUCGCAGACGCCUUCAUCGAGGCGCCGCCGUUUGGGCUGCCGGCGUCAGCCGCGCCGCGGCCGGCCCUGGUGGACAUCGGCAUGCUGGACCUGCGGCAGGAGGAGAUGCGGGCCGCGCUGCAGGUCGCCAACAGAGUGCUGCGCCACCCGGGCGUGCAGCGAGAGAUGGCCGCGGCGGCGCUCUCAGACCCGGAGGUGCUAUCCAUUCUGGGGGCGCGCCCAGACCUGGACGGAUACCUGGUUGCGCGCGGCUUCGCCGCCCGCGGCCUGCUGCCCGGCGGGGACGGCACUCUGGCAGAGGCGGCCGUGGUGGAGGAGGCAGGGGCGGAGGCCGGCGGCGGCGACGCGGGGGCUGCGGCGCAGGCGCGCGCGGGCGAGCGGGACCCUCUGGCUCAGGCGCUGGCGAAUGUGGUCAGGGGACUCGAGUGGACCGGCGCCCGCAUCGCCGACCUGCACGCGUGGCUGCGCGGCCGCUUCGCGCCGCCAUCCGAGGCGGCGGCGGCCGAGGAGGUCGCGGCGGCAGGGCGCGAGGCGAAGAUGGGGACCGCGGCGGCGGCGGGCGAGGGCAGCAGCCGCCGCGAGCGCCGCAGGCCCGACCCCUGGAGGGUCCUGGAGCGGGCGGGCCAGGUGGCGGUGGUGCUGGUGCUCCUCAUCCUGUUCAGGCGCGCGGGGCGCGCCUGA